AUGCGGUCCUGCAUAGCUCUGGCCAUUGCGUGCUCCUUCGCCGAGUCAACCCUAACAUGGGGACGGCGGCGAGAACCGAAUACCGUCCUUAUCCCGCUGGUUCAAAUCCACGCUCACAUCCAUUGUAAUAGCUCUUCCUUUCUGAAUGCGCAAAAGGCGAUACCAAUCGUGUGCAAUUCCAUGCACCGUAAACCACAACCGCCUCCUCCCGCCGCCGCAUGCCGUCCAAAGUAUCGCAGCUGUGUUCAGUAUCAACGCUUGAAGAAAAAGCCCCAUACCAUUUCGCAGUCUAGAAGAGAUCCUACGAAACUAUUAUCUCCCAAUCCCUUCCUCCCAAUUUCACGACAUAGAAUGAUCUCAACGCCACAUUCCUCAUCGUCCUCCGAGCUCCCUGCAUUCUUCGAUGUCGGUGUGAGCGGUGUCAUGUUUCUGUGCCGUGGACAACCCAACUACUGUCUUGCAUAA